CUUAUUUCAAGUAUUAUUUUUACGACACACUGCGGCACUCAUGAAUCAUUAAAUUCGCAUCUUCCCACUGAAUGACACCCAUAAAUGAGUGUGGACAACGUUUUUCGGAACGUCUGUAGCCGAAAAUGCCGACAACUGAAUAGCGAUCGGUUCGAGCGCAUUUUACAUACAAUUUCUUGCUCGACCACCAUGUCGACUCCUACAAAACCACUCAGCAUACGUGGCCGGCCCAUUCAGCCCCAGGAUGGCCAAAGUGGUGCCUCUGGCUCCUUGACUGGUACCUCGACACCCCUGGGAACCCCCGAUAUGCGAGCUCUGCGUGCUCAGUACACCGGAACCCCUCCGCCAAAUUCUCUUGCUAUUCCACCACGAAACAUUCCAGUGAGAACCGCAUCUCCGACUCCCACUAGCAACGCUUCUCUACCGAGCGUCGCUGGCAGCGGUCCAGGACCUCAGGCUGGUAUAGCCGGUAUUGCUGCCUUACGAGGACGUACAGGGACACCAUCGCCGUCAGAAGGAAACGCCACGCCUUUGCCACCGGAUGUGGAUGAUCUUCCAGAGGAAGAGAAAAUCAAGGUACUUCGGCGACAUUUGGUCUCAAAAGAGGAGCGGCAACGAAACAACGAGGACCCUCAGGCCUCGUCAUCCUCGUCAACACACCAUCCCCACGAAACUACCGAACCGUUCCCAGUCCACUAUGACGUUCCGGGUGCUGAUGUAACCCACGAUAUUUACAAAUGGCAGUCCAACCAGAAAAAGAGAUUACGAGCUGCAUCAGUCGCAGUAGCCUCCAGUUCCAUGCCUGAUCCUGCGUUUGAGCACAUCCAUGAACCUGGAGGUUUUAGGAGGAACUAUGUUCUACUGCGGGCCAACGAGGAAGGUGCAGAGGAACCUCAAGUUCUCAACAACUUUAUAGAUUUCCUGUUCUUGUUCGGGCAUUUCGCUGGAGAAGACCUAGAGGAGGAUGAGGAAGAACAGGAAUCCGACCUCGAGAGCGCAGCUCAAAUGGCAAUUGAAGGUGUCAUCGAUGAGACAGCACCCCUCUUGAGUGGGAAGACGAGCCUAGUGAGGUCGAGGUCCCGUUCACGACGCGCGGCGUCGUCUAUAGGCCCGCAUGGAAAUGCAACAGUCAGCCAAGCUGUUCUUAUGCUUCUCAAAGCCUUCAUUGGAACGGGCGUUCUAUUCCUGGGGCGUGCGUUCUACAAUGGAGGCAUACUGUUCUCGGCAUUUCUGUUUCUCUUCAUUGCGGCGAUAUCGUUAUACUCGUUCAUUCUUCUGGUACAUACUAAAUUUGUGGUCUCGGGUAGUUUCGGAGAUAUUGGUGGGGCCCUGUAUGGAAACUGGAUGCGGCAGCUCAUCCUUGGGUCUAUCGUCGUGUCACAAAUGGGUUUUUGCGGCGCAUACAUGAUCUUCGUCGCAGAGAACAUGCAGUCAUUUGUCAUGGGCGUUACGCACUGUGCCAAGUUGGUUGGAGUGCAAUACUUUCUUCUUAUGCAGCUUGUGUUCUUCCUACCCUUGGUUCUUAUCAGAGAUCUUGCCAAGCUGAGCACGACCGCACUCAUCGCUGAUGUUUUCAUCCUUGCCGGCUUGAUCUAUAUCUUUGGAAGCGAGUUUAAAAUAAUAGCCAACAGAGGCGUUGCCGAUGUUGCGUUGUUCAAUCCGAAGGACUUUCCGUUGUUUGUGGGAACAGCAGUGUUUUCGUUUGAGGGUAUUGGACUUGUGAUACCCAUUACCGAUGCUAUGAGGGAGCCGCACAAGUUUCCUGCUGUCAUAUCUGGUGUGAUGGUUGGUCUAGUUGUUCUCUUCGGUGGAGCUGGUGUGCUAGCGUAUUUGACAUUCGGCUCUGAUAUCAAAACUGUCGUUCUGGUGAAUUUGGACACUUCGAGCCCAAUGGUUCAAGCUGUUCAAUUUCUUUACUCGGUCGCCAUCAUGCUCUCAGUGCCUCUGCAGCUGUUCCCUGCGGUCCGAAUUAUGGAGAACGGCUUGUUUGUCCGCAGUGGAAAGAUCGAUGUGAAAGUCAAGUGGCUGAAGAACUUUUUCCGUUUUCUGGUGGUCAUUGUCACGACACUUAUAAGUUAUAUCGGUGCGGCGGACUUGGACAAAUUUGUUGCGUUCGUUGGAUGUUUUGCCUGUGUGCCGUUGUGUUACGUGUAUCCUGCCAUGCUUCACUACAAAGCGUGUGCACAUACACGUAGUGCGAAGCUUAAAGAUAUCGCAAUGAUGGUGUUUGGUAUGCUUGCUGCCAUAUACACGACGAUACAGACUCUUCGGUUGAUAUUUGAACCUGGGGUUGGAGAACCGUCAUCUGGAAGCUGCGAUCCCCCGACAUAGAUGAUAUAGACGGUUAGACUAUGAAUACCUAGGGCAUAAUUUGUUAUAGGAUCUUACCGUACUUGUAAUAUCGCGAUAAUCUUGUAAUUCAAGCCAUCAUGUGGCGGUCUAAACUUGCA